AUUCCAUUUAAAUUUUGAUCCAAUCGAAUCUCGCACCAACGCACUGGAAGCGCGCGAGUUCCCUACCUGCUUCGCUGCCCAGUGGCACUGCCUAGACAAGCCAGCGUGACGCGCAGGUCAAAGUUAGAGGCGUACCCACCUGCGUGCCACCGAGAAAUGGUCGUAAAGUGCUCCAUGCCGCAGUUCGUCGCGCGUUGUUUAGAGGAGAUCGGCCUCGAAGGCCGGUGCGGAGUGCCGCUGAGCGAACUAUUCGAGGUUAUGGACCCAGAAAACGACAUUGCCUACCGCCGCUAUGCUUGGAGCGUGCUACGCGGUAUGGAGAAUCAGCUGAGCUUCCACGUCAUGCGGCCACUGGAGGCCAGCGCUGGUUCUGCGGAGAAGAAGUCGAAACUGGUGGACUGUGGGACGCCACGGCGUAAGCGUAAAUGGAAGACCACUCUGAUCAAUAGCCCGAGCAUCGACACGCCUGCAGUGAAGCUGCGGGUAGACAGCGAUGCGGAGCGCACGCCCAAGCGACACAAGAGCAAGAACCAGCCGUUGCAGCCCGUGCUGCCGUCCAUGAGACGUAUAGCGGCGCAGAAGCAGCGUCGAAGAUUGUCAGAGUCCGAUUGCGAAGGUCGAGAUAGAUCAGACAGCACAAGCAGAGUGCGGAGGCGACGGCAGCGCAGUGGCGACGGGGAAAUUAUAAUUAUGGAUGAUGGAGAGAAUGACACAGUAACGAAUAACGUGACGAUGAAGAAGGAUCCGGAGAAGCAGGGAAAUGAGCAGGUACAGACACAGCAACAGGAAAAGGGAGCAGACGUGAGUAUUAAAGAGGAGGUGGGAGACGCAGCGGAUGAAACACAGUGGGUAUUACGAAGUCCACGAGGUUACCGCCUUGGAGAGGAGGUGGAUGUAGGAGGGCUGAGCUACGAAGAGGCCGUAACGAGCAAUCAGGAUGGUGUACUAGGUGUGGUGGCUUGCGAGCAGCUGAGACUAAAGUACUUGGGAGUUCAAGACGCGACGUUAAUGGACACAAUCUCACCGCAAUUUGACCUGUUGGAGAUUAUCGGUCGAUCACGAGUACGGGGGGAAAAUGCUGCAUCAUUGACAAAUUCACGACUUUUUGGAGACUCUCGGAAGCUGCACUACCUGCUGGAUAUAUUGAUCGCCUGCAAUUACGUUGUGAAGAACAUUGUGACGGCCGAUCAGAGACGAUUCAAUAUCGUUCACUUGCGGCGAUUCGCAAGCAAAUUCCACCCGUCCAUGAUAUCGCCAUCGGCUACAGUAUCUCGGCAGGCGUUCCCAAAAGAAGCUUUGGCACAGGUCAUCGUGGGCAUGAUGAAAGCACGAGGAGAAAGAACCUGUGUGUUCGCAGACAUUGGGCGCGAAUUGGGGUACGGCAAACGCCACCAGGAGCAGUUGCGGAACUAUUUUAUGCAGCAGAUGAGCGCACAACCGAGUUUUCCUCUCCAAUUGUUUAUGGCACGAUGCAAAACGGCUGGGGAGUACAUUGGGCGCAAGCUGUGGUGCAUCCGUCUAUGCGAUGGUUCGUCCUGUGUGCCAAGUGUAGCUGGUCGACGGCGUGGCUCAUCUGUGACUUUUGAGGAUCUUGGUCCUGGCACUAUGGCUGUGGGUCGCCCAGUUGUUGAACGUGGGAUCAUGGAGCAAAUGUAUGUGGCUAUUCAAGAUCGGGAGGAGGUUGGCGCAACAGUGCCUGAGCUUCGAGAUGUGUUGGGUGUUCCAACGUUCAAACUGCCAUACAAACUGGCGCAGGGAUUGAUUUCAAAUUACAAUAUUUCAGUGGAGCAAGUGGUUCUGGGCAAGAGUACAAUGUAUCGGAUGUUUGUUCCCGGUGUUGGUAAACAAAAUGAUAGCAGCGAACCUGCAAUAAUGGCAAGUAGCAGCACCAAUUCGACUGAUUCGGGUGUUGGCGUGCGGGUAACCCGGACUACGGACAAGUAUAGCACACCUAAAGAAGCGGACGGUAACGAUGACAAUAGUGGCCAGCCUCAACCUGGCACUAUGAUCCAGGCAGCACGAGGAGUGGUGAGGGCGUCAACGAUCGACAGACGAAGAAAUUACAUUCUGAAGCGGGUACAGAUGGAGAAGAUUGUAUCGCUGCAUCAAUUACGCACUGGCUUGAUUGAUAUGGAGCGAAUGGCAGAAGCGAGCACCAUGGAUAUCCGCUCAGUACGUCGUAUUGUCGAUGAACUUGUGGAGGAGAAGAAAAUGACCACGAUGGAUAUUACAUUGCCGCCGAAACAGGUUCUUCAGAAAGCGCAUCGAAAAGUGAAGUGUGCAGUGCUGCUUGGAUAUCAGCGCAGUCGUGAAUCCAUCCGAGAGUUUAUUAAAUCGUACGAGGAGGAGCAGCAGCGAAAAUACCAGGCGAAUCUUGUCGACCAUGAUAAUGAUGAUUAUGUCGUCGUAACCAAUCGCCGUAAGCAGCGCCGCACUGGUGGUGUCGUAGUGAAAGAAGAUCACACUCAGGAAGUACAUACCCAGGAAGCGCGUGACCAGGAAGUUGUCAAGUAUAGCGCCGUGUCUUACAAAUUGGCACGGCUGGGGCUAGCGAAACUGCAAAAGCAAAGUCGUCGACUAGGGAUGUUUUUCGGCAUGAUGUUUAAGUGUCGAGCAUUCCACUUCAUGAUAUGGGACCGAAUUGAGCUUUUGAGCGCUCAUUCUGCUGUUGGCGAAUCACAGGAUGCAGUAAAUUCUGGCCUAACACCUGACGGUUUGAAGGAGAUACCGUUCGUGCUGAAAGAUGUACUCGAUCUUUUGACUGUAAAAGAGUAUGUCCAGCUUGUUGGGGUCCCCGAACUGCUCACUGACCGAGAAGAAUCAGCAGUAAGGUUAGCUAUGUCGAAGGGUGGGUCAUGGGACGCACUUCCUGAAUCGCUCGCGGAAAAACUUCGGGGAUGCGAAGCAGAUCGAUUUUCGAAGAUCGUGCGUGUACUUCUCGAUCUGAGGCUUCUCCAGGUAGUGCACGAUACUCCUUCGACUGGGCUUUUUAACGUGUUCCAGACGUCCGAUGAUUUCGAUUCAAUUGUUUCACGAGUGGCUUUUGCGACAUUGUCGGGAGGACUGUUCAAGAUCAAGUGUCAUGUUCAUAUUAGUGUCAAACAAGGAACACGCGUGUUGCAUCGGCUUCCAUCCGAAUAUUCGUAUGCUUACGCACCGGGCUUUUCGUGCAAAAGUAAAAGCGAUCAUUUCACCGGGCGAGUUCCUCUCAAGUUUGAUUUUAACGGAGUGGAAGAUGUAAAAGCCUAUUGGAAAUCGCUACGCUUUUUGAGUGUCGAAGGAGCCCGGUUAGGUACCGCGUCACCUGAUCCCAACAGCGUGAGUGUAAAGCUUGACGGCGCCCUAAUUCAAUCAGCUCCUUUAUCGGAACACAAUAUUUACGUUCUGAAAGCAUGGGUUCCUCACUCAACGACAAUGACAAGAAACAGUACCGCUCGAGCUAAUGCAGCUGCUGGACCUAUUCAGGUGCUGAAGCGUAAGUACUAUCAGUCCGAUAUGUCUGCUGUGGAGGAGACUUCGCAGAAACGACGCAAGAUUGCCAAAACCAGCAACGGCUCCAUUUCCGCGUUGAUGACUCCAGUUGAUACCAGCGAAGCCGGAGUCAGUAAGUUCCGCAAGCAAGUUGGUGCCAAGAAAACUCGUCGAACGUUGACAUGGACCCUCGAAGACGAUCUCAGAUUGAUAGACCUCUACCUUGAACAGAUGUCGUGCCGGUGGUUUGUCGAGGUGCCUCUCGCCCUUCAAAAGAAAGACGAGCGUGUUGCGUUUCGGACGACGAACUUGUCUCGCACGUUGAUUUCGUGGAAGGAGCUUGGUAAGGUUUUCAAAAAGAAGCCGGUCGAGUGUAUGCUCCGUGUGAAUGAUUUACUCGAAGCACCAGCUAUUCAAGCCAGGCUGGAGAGAGCUAAGGUCACUAUUACGAAGAUGAAAAACCCUGGUGGAGGCUUUCACGAGGAGGUUGCAAUUAUGAGCCAGCCGCGGUUGACAGCAUUGCUCUGCCGAGCAUUGCAAGUGAUCCUCCACGAGCGUUCCAGCUACUACUCUGUUCUUGCGGAUAUGCUUAUGAGUAACUGGAAAGAAAGUGAAGUGAAGCUGGUAUGGAGGUAUUUGUGGCUGGCUGGGAUCAUUACACGGACACCUCAAGCAAACGAAGGGAAGAACCAAAAACAACGAGGUUUCCAAGUCCACUCGAAGGUGUUCGAAAUGAAAAGCUUGAAGAUUCCUCAUUACUUGAUGGAGACUUUCUGCGAGGCCGUCAAGUAUUCGUCGUUUAUCAAUGAAAACGUUGAUGAAGCCACGAUGGUAGCUGAGGAGAAUGAUCGGUACUUCGAGCAUGAAAUUGAAGUGAAUAUGCCAUCUGGACAGGCUGCGGUGGUAUUGUCUUCAAUGGUUUCGGGGUUCUCCCAGCUCGUUCCGUCGUAUGUAACACCUAGUAAACGCUCUGUGGACGAUCGCGAGACCCAACGGGCAGUAGCAGUUAAAGGUUUGGCCGGUCAUUUGUCGCGGCAAUGGGGUGGCGUGUUUCCGGAGAACUUUCUGAAAGAGUAUUGGACUGUGAAGUCCGUGUUUGGAGUUUCUGACGAGGUGACACAAGCUCAAAACAUCAAAGCGAUGGAGGCUUUUUCUGGUAGUCCUCGGAUUAGCGGGAUGAAACGAGAUACUAGACCCAAGCGAAGGAAAAACAUCCCGCACCAUUCACUGUCGUCGUGGCUGUCUGUUGCAUUUACCGAAGCAGCUAGUUCAGGCGUAACGCUCAACGAGUUGGGAGAAAAAUAUGCAGCAUCUGGACAUAUGAGUCACGCUGAAUGGAACACUACGCUUAGUCUGAUUCAGCGCGGGGUGGAUGAAAUGGUCCGCAAAGGGAGCGUGCUCGUGGCGAAUGGAUAUGAUCACAGUCGCUUCGUACUCCGGGAGUUUGCUGAUCUCUGGGCACUACACCCGUACCGGAUUACGGGUGAUUCAACAGCCGAAAAGGUUCACUUCUUGUUUGACAAGGACAGCACUGUUGUUGCACGGCCAUGGCUUCACUUAGAUGGAAGUGUCAACACGAAGAUGGCUCUCAAGUUGAAGCGCAAGGUCGUGAAUAUCGUCAUGUGCUGUCCUGGUAUUCAAGAUAGCGCCGUUCACAAGAAGAUGCGGAAGAUUGUUAGUCUGCAGGACAUGCGCUCGCUUCUUGAAGAACUGUUGAGUAGUGGGGUUCUUUACGCUCGAGUCUUCCGCGACCUCCAGCCCCCAUUCGCCAGCGUGUUUGACCUUCCAAAAAGCACUCUUAGCCAUGAGGCCGACAUUAUGACAUUGUCGCCCGGUGAAUUACGAUACGUGGACUUUCCCCGAGAGCGCCUGCACUACUUCCCGGCGGUCAACUGCAUGGAGCUACUUGGAGCAGAAGCGUGUGACGCUGAUCUUGGAUGAUUGACGGUGAUACCAGCAAUUGAGGCCAUGGUCGAAAAUCUUAACGUGAUAUUUAUUUGACUUGGUCUCAAUCUACAUUCCCCUCUCUUCUGGCUGGUUAUCGUACGCUUUGACCUGGUGCAUUGUAUACGCGCGAACGAGUCGGGGUUGGUGUUGUAUCUACCUUUUGCGCCCCGAGAGUCGCUAGAGUUUGUUUCUUGUGUUCGAUCAGAUUUUGAAUUACGCUUAAGACAUUCCUCUGCUUGUCGUCCAGGGUGUGACCAGUGGCUGCAGGUGCUGCAUUGUCAGCUCUGAUUGAUGAACGUUUGCCUGAAGAACUGCGCGCGAUUGAUGGAGUUCGCCGUUGUUGCUCCUGUUGUUGUUUCUGGUUAGAAACAGUGACUGAAUGCCUUGGUGUACUGGCCCCUGCUACAAGUGACACGAUGUCAACGACUCGUUCUAAAGGAGACCGUAAAACUGUGAGCUUACCUCGAGUACUUUCGUUGGUUGGCUUCGUGACAGCUUUCUGUAGGCAUACAGCUGCAGACUGAUCUUCACCCCGAAGCUUCGUCAAAGCUGCAAUGUCGGGUUUGCUUGGUUUUGGAUCUAAGAUGGGCUUGACGGUCGGAGUAAUGGGUCGAUUGAAUGAAACUCCAUUCGACUGCGCGAGCCGGUCAUACAUACUCAAGUAGGGAGCAGCUCGACACUUCGAUGGCGAGUUGGCCUUGGACAUACUCGGCGAGAAUGGUCUGGGUGGCGGUGAUAUCGGUACUGUACCUAGUUGAUACUUCUGUAGGCCCGCUCGAACGCGUUCGUGAGUGGGUUCUAUCGGAGGCGGGAGAAACAUUGUACCAUCAUAUUUUGAUGCAGGAUCUCCAGGGAGUAAUGGUUGUACAGUCAUGGCAGGGCGUGGCCGAGUCUGCUUGUGGAUCACGAACUGCUUCUUGUCAUCGUAAAUCCGUGCUGCAACACAAGAAAAGACGUUUAAUACGAUGCGAUCAAGGUUUACAAGCUGCUAACUUACAAUAUGAGAGGGACUUGGUGGCCGACACUUCUUUUGUCUUGUGUGCGGCCUUACUCCGCAUUUUCUUGUCGUCCAGAAUUAUUAGACUGGGGAUCAUGUCCAGCAUUGGAACAUGGUAGCCAGGCCUUUGACUGAGGGGGUUGCCUCGAAUAGUCAGAUGAGUAAGAUUCUGGUUGAGUGAAAGAGCUCUCAGCGCCUCUGGACUGAAGAAAGCAUGAAACCAUGGUUGAAUUAGCAGGAUGAUAAACUAAUACGACAUUUCUCGUACGUACAAUUCAAUGAGGUUGUCGGAGAUAUCUAGGUUCUCCAAACAUUCGAGUGUUUCCAGUCCUUUUGUGCUCAUAAGCCU